AUGGCAAAGCAAUCCACUAUCGCUAGGCGCGCAACAGUAGUUGCUUUGAAAGCUUAUACCCCUAAAUCUUCUGCUGAGAUUGCUGCCCUAACAGAUCUAUCUGUUCCCUCUGUUAAUCGAAUCUAUGGAGAAGCAAUUAAGCGAGGAUUCGAUCCACACCGCACGAUGAUUGAUAACCAGUACGUUGAGGAUAAACCUGGCUCUGGUAGGCCUACCAAGCAUGAUCCUACUACAGUUGAAAUUGUCCUAUCAAAGGUGCGACUAGAUCGAUAUGGCCGAGAGAAGACCUGCGCUGAUCUAGCUGGUGAUCUUAGCAAGCUAGGCAUCAAUAUCUCUGGUACAACGAUUCAUCGUAUACUAGAGAACGCCGGCUUUCGGAAGACGAAGCCGACGAGAAAGCCUGGAUUGACGAAGAAGAUGCGUGCUGAACGUCUUGCUUGGUGCCUUGCGCAUGAACACUGGACUAAAGAAGAUUGGAAAAACGUUAUCUUCUCUGAUGAAACGUCAGUGAUUCUUCUACACCGACGUGGCGGUUAUCGAAUCUGGCGAACUAAAGAUGAACGCUUUCUUCGAUCUUGUAUUUGCGAACGCUGGAAAGGAGCCUCUGAAUUUAUGUUUUGGGGGUGCUUUUCUUAUGAUAAGAAAGGACCCUGUCACUGUUCGCUUCCUGAAACUGGUAAGGAAAAACGUGAUGCUGAGAAAGAAGUUGAGCGGUUAAAUAAGGAAAUUGAACCUACUCUACGCACUUCAUGGGAGAUUGAGACAGGUCUACGCCGUCUUAAUAUGCGUCAAAACCUUGGUGGUAGAAAACCUACAUGGAAGUUUACCGCAAAGACUGGUAAAUUAGGUCGUGGGAAGAAGGGUGGAAUCGAUUGGUAUCGAUAUCAACAUCUUAUUCUACUACCAAAACUACUUCCUUUUGCGCAAGAAUGUGCUAUUCAACGACCAGCAACGCUUGUUCAAGAAGACAAAGCGCCAGCGCACAAUCAUUAUAUUCAACAGCGUGUUUUUGACGCAGCGAAGGUACAAAGAUUACUCUGGUGCCCUAAUUCGCCAGAUCUUAAUGCAAUUGAGCCUGCAUGGCCUUGGAUGAAGCGAAGAACUACCCGUAAGGGUGCACCGAAGACGCGACAGGAAGCAUUUGCUGCUUGGCAGGUAGCUUGGCAAGACCUACCGUAG